UUUUCUCUGUUUCUUGGAAGAAGCCAGCAUAUCUUCUGAUACUGUACUUGUAAGAGUGUUUGCGCGGGGCGUUGGAUGUAAUGUGCUGUUAUCUAAACUGAGAGAACAAGACAGCUAUAUACAGCAGAUACACAGCAGCAGUAGAGCAGAGGGACAAACAAAACCGAGAAGGAACCGCACUAAUAGAGAGUCUGGUAAAGUGAACAGUUUGUGAAACUUUAUAAACUACUACCCUAAAUUAAUUUACAAAGACUAAGAACCCCUUCAUUUUGUGCUACUUUUGUAUCACUGUAGGGGUGACAAUAAAUGAAGCAAUAGUUUUUGGACUAGUCUUUAAAUCUGAAAGUCUAUAAAACAAAAUUCUGACAUAAAAAUUCUGUAGUCUUGUAGAGUUCUGCUAUAGUGUACAAUUAUGGAAGUAGCAUACACACCAGUACCUCUGCGCUGUGUUCUGAUGACUAUUAGCAUGGCAGUGCUACUGAUUCUCCUCUGUGCUGGACCUGCCUGCACCCACAAGAACAGAGGACACAAGUCUCAAGGGGUUUCAUUUACAAUAUUACCUUCACUGGGGAUCCCUGUGCUGACACCACCGCAAGGAGAGAACUCUAUAUUAACGCUACCAACGCAAAAUGUGCCAAAGUUAAAGCAGCCCUCAUGGCCCCCACGAGAGUCAUGGCAGCUGUUUCUCAAAAAUAAUGAGCGUACGUUACCCAGCAAGAGAAAGGAUCAAGAAGACAUCUUAAGAUUUCGGCGCCCUGGUCCGGUUGGUCCACCAGCACCUCCAAAGCAUCACAGUUAUGCUUCAAAUCCAAAUACGCAAGGGAAGAGGCUUCAUAAAUUCCUGCAGCUUUUGAGAGAUCUUUUACUGAGAAAGCAAGAGGAGGGUGGACAAAAACCUGUGCAUCCAAUUCUUCCCCCAAAAGUACCGGCUGCCUUCAUCUGCAGGACAAACAAAGACACAAUUCUAGAUCCUGGAGCCAAUCAGGAGCUUCACCUGUACCAAUGGCCACAGGAGGAAGGGUCAUUCUACAGAGGAGCUGGACUCAAUCUUACCAGUGGACAAUACACAGCUCCACUCAGUGGACUUUUCAGCUUUACUGCUAAACUGCAUAUUGGUUUAGAAAAACAGACAGAGAUGGAAAAGCAAGGCUAUGUACACACCCAGCUUUGUAUCCAGUCAUUAUGCCAGCAAAACUUGUCCCUGGAAGAUAUCAGAAGUAUUACUGGCAACAAAGUCUCUCACACUAUCACCUUAAAUGGAAUCUUACAUUUACAGGCAGGACAGUACGUUUCCAUUUUCUUAAAGAACAAGACAAGUUCUCGAUUGGUGGUGAAAAAGGGAUCAGGCUUCAGUGGUAUCUUCCUGGGGUUGUGAUUCGUAAGAAGUAUUUGUGGAUAAGCAGCAGAUCACUUUUAUAGCAGCAAUGGAUUUUAUGCUGAACAUAAACUGAUUCUGCAGCAGAAAGAUAUAAACUGUCAUCUAUGUGAAUUAAGUUAAAAGUAUUUUUAUUAUAUAUAUUUAUAAAUAACUAAAUAGAACAAACACGUAUACUUAGGGUACUUUAUCAAUUACAACUGUAUCCUGUAUAACUAAUCUAUUAGAACAUUUAAUAAAACAGAGUAAAUAUAAUGUGUAUGCAUAAAAAACUAUUUUAUUAAAAUGUAUUUAUAUAUAAAAUAUAUUCUAAUCUCACGUUUAAA